UUUUCUCACGGUUGUUGUCCGAGGUAGAAGCUAGUCAUGAGGAAAGAAAGAGUUAGAUUUAAAAAAUUGAAGAUCGAUUUCCUGGCAAACAUCUUUUGCAUUAUUUUAUGUUGUGUACACGCACUGUCAAGUUGUCUUUCCCCAGAAUUUGUGCUCAUAAGAGCACAUUCAACUUGUAUUGUUGCGCUCGUGACGAAUAGUUGCCUAGUAGAUAAUCAAAUUUAUGACAAUUCCCAUUUUUCAGAACUUAAAAAAUUAACGAUGCAUAAAGAUUUAGGAAUUUUAGUUGGGUAUAUUGACAUAAAUAGUAAGUGGCCCGACGGGAAAUCAUUUUAUGGUGAAGGUGUAGAGGCAGGAAAAAUUGUCUUAUUUAAGAAGAUCCCUAAGGAUCGAACGUGUUUGCUACCAUCUCCAUCACAGAGGAGUAUGGUCCCACUUAUUUUCAAUGGUGUAAAUGGACUUGCAACACUAAUAGACUUUGUCAAUGAUGGAUGUAAUACCUACAUGUCACCAACUGGAGGUCCUUCUAUAGAGGGGCUGCAUAAGAAUGAAAUCCACAGAACAAGAUUUUAUGUUCAAAACAUCUCAAAUGUGCAAUCAAAAGAUGUGUUUCAACCAGUAAAUCAGAAUUGUAAAGUUGAAGACCAAUCCUGUUCAUCAGACAAUCAUAAUUUUCAUUUUCACAACAAUAUACCUAGAAUUCCAGAAUGUGAGAGAAUUGACUUCCCUUCCAGAGAGGACUUUUUUCAUAAUUAUGUAAAAAUAUCAAAGCCAGUUAUAUUCAAAAAUGCCUUAAGAGACUGGCCAGCUUUUACAAAGUGGUCAAAUAGAUAUUUUCGAGAAAAAUUUGGGAAAAAUGAUGUCCAUAUCAAGUUAACACCCUUGGGUGAAUAUGAAGGAGUUGAACCAAGAUAUAUGUGGGAAAAUCAUGAAAAUUUUGAGAUCCCCAAAUCAGUGGAAGAUCAGUUGCCUUUUCCUGACUUGGUAGUGGUUCGACCAGCCACUAAGAACAUGAAUUUCUCAAGUUUCAUGGAUAUAGUUGAAGGAGUAUCCAAUGGGACUAUCAAUGAUAUGUCAGCCUACCUAGAGUAUUCCUCCAUUCCUGAUCAUCUGCCAGAACUGGAGGAGGACUUGAGAGACGAUUUACUAUUCCAGGGACUUCUAAAUAGAAAACACUUAAAUAUAUGGCUUAGUGAUGGAAGAACUUUGGGAAAGCUGCACUUUGAUCAAUUUGACAAUCUCCUUUGCCAGAUAAGUGGUAAAAAGCAGGUUAUUUUGUUUGAUCCCCACAACAAUCAUCAGAUGUAUGAGGGACACAUUCCAGAGGCAAUCCUGUCCUACAGUCAAACGUCCAAUACGUUUUACCGUCGCAAUCUACUUGAAAGCACGUCCAUGGUUAUGUCUCCUGUUGACAUCCAGAAUCCAGAUUAUUCCAGGUUUCCACUGUUUGGAGAAACUUACCCCUUGAACUGCACUAUAGAAGACGGUGAUAUUCUGUACAUGCCUUCAUUUUGGUGGCAUGAAGUCCAGUCAUUUCCAAAUAAAACAGCAGGAAGAAACCUUGCCAUCAACUUUUGGUAUGAUCCAUUUCUAGUGAGAGAAUAUCCUUGCCCCGAAUGCCAGCUUGAUGUGAACCCGAAAUACAGACAUUUAUUAUGAUAAUAAUGAAAUAGUAGCAAUCAGUUGUUUGAGAUAUCUAUAUCUUUUAUAUUUUUGAAUAAAUGGAUAACUUA